GGUGGGGACUACAUUGUGUGCUACACCGAAGUGUUUCCGGAAAACAUGUUUGGUAACUGAGCAGAGGUGAAUGUCGAAGAAACUCCACAGGUAACUAAACCAUGAAGCUCCCACUGAGCUUCUGUAGUUAGUCCACAGUUGGAGUUUAACAGCAGGUGAGUCUCAGGUGUGACUGACUGCAGCCAUGUUGCUGCCUCUGCUGCUGCGGCCGCCCCUCUGCCUUCCUCAGGCCUCGGCGGUAUUAACGCGAUGCGUCCGGAUGCUUCGCUGUGGCGCUCCAAGGGGGCUGCACUCUCAGGCUAAGAACUUCCUGUGGCAGUGGCGUCCUCAGCGACACCAGGCUCGGGGGCGGAGCAGGAAGACCCAGAGUCAGGAGGAGGAGUGGAGGAACAGGAACAAGACUGCGCUGACCUACAUCGCUGCAGCCGGCGUGGGAAUGAUCGGCCUGGCAUACGCCGCAGUGCCGCUGUAUCGACUCUACUGCCAGGCAACAGGGCUCGGCGGCACGGCGGUGGCCGGACACGACACGGAGCAGGUGGCGACGAUGACGCCGGUGAAGGAGCGCGUCAUCAAGGUGACGUUCAACGCCGACACGCACGCCAGCAUGCAGUGGAACUUCAGACCGCAGCAGACGGAGAUCUUCGUGGUUCCCGGGGAGACAGCGCUGGCGUUCUACAGAGCCAAGAACCCCACAGACAAACCAAUCAUCGGCAUCUCCACCUACAACGUGGUGCCCUUUGACGCCGGACAGUACUUCAACAAGAUCCAGUGUUUCUGCUUCGAGGAGCAGCGCCUGAACCCUCACGAGGAGGUGGACAUGCCCGUCUUCUUCUACAUCGACCCCGAGUUCGACAACGACCCGCGGAUGGCCCGAGUGGACACCAUCACGCUGUCCUACACCUUCUUCGAGGCCAAAGAGGGUCAGAAGCUUCCUCUGCCCGGAUACAGCUACAGCUGAGCGAGGGCUCCGCCUUUCUCCAAGGAAACGAAGAAAAAAACAGUUCGGAUAAUCGAGACUCUUGGCUCUGUCUGACGUCGCAUUAAAAGUUUACGCUGAUCAUCAAACGUCCCGACGGAGGAGCUCUGUACGCCGGAGAGUCGAAGCAUUUCCAGGAAGUUACAACAUGAAAAAGUACAAGAAAAAAAUGCACGCUUUCAAAAACAAGAAUCACAGAUGUUGGAGAAAAAUUAAUUAUAUAUGAUAAUAAACCAAAAUUUUACAAGUGUAUAAAAUUUAAAAAAUCUGUGAAAAAUAUUAAAAGUUAUUUAAAAAAAGAAAAAAACUGAAGCGAUCAAAGAAAAUUACAUUUAUGGGAAAAAUUAAACAAAUUAUGAGAAAAAACCUAAACCUGAAACAACAACAUGAAACUUACCUUCAUGUUUUCAUUAACAGAUGCACCAUUAAUUAUUAUUAUGAUUAUUUUAAUUAUUUGUUUUUUACUCUUUGUUUUCCUGGUUUCUGUCCCACCUCCUGUUGUUCCAAAGUUUCCUUUCAGCUCUUCAUCAGUUCUCAAACAUUUAGGGAACUUUUAUGCCUGGAGGAAAAACACAGCAUGCACCGUGUGGAAGUACAUGUACACAUAUACAGGUACGCAUUUAAGCCUGUGCCUGUAACGAUAUAAAUAUUUAAUAAAUGUGGUUGGAAAUAAAGUCAAAUUAAAGAGAG